AUGAGAGUCUUUUUAACAGGAGCUACUGGAUCAGUUGGAAGUUCAGUUCUUGAAAAUUUACUUUCUCAUGGCCAUGACGUCACUUGCACUGUAAGAAAUGAAGAAAAGGGACAAGUAAUAGCAAGUAAAGGCGAUAGAGCACAUUACAUUAUAUUGGACAUUAAUGAUAAGACUGCUCACCAACUCGCCGAACUUGCAGUAGGCUAUGAUGCAAUUAUUGAAUGCGCUCAAUUACCAUUCACAAAUGAGGGUGUUAUAGCACAAGAAAUUUCCGUUGACGCUCUGAUACAGGCAGCUAAAAAAACAGCAGAAACUAAGCAUGUCAGUCUUGUAUAUACUUCAGGGAUUGGAGUUAUAGGAAAUACAACUGGUGUUAUUGAUGAAGACCAUGAUGAUACUUCCCAUAGCUGGGAAUUUUCAACGCCAAGAAUCUUAAGAGAAAAAAAAGUUAUUAAUGCGAGCACGGAAAAUCUUCAUGGAGUUUCCCUUAGAGUAAGCUGGGUUUAUGGGAAUAGCACUGUAGACCACUGGAUUCGAGCUUGCAAAUCCCAAAAUAAGAUUGUUGUUGCUAAUCAAAAUGACACUUAUAUUCCUUUCAUCCACCACGAAGAUUUAGCUAGUAUGUUUCGAAUUCUUAUAGAGCAAAGAGCUUAUGGGAUGUUUUUUGCUGUGGAGCCAGAAUCUGCGUCUCUUCAAAGUUUGAUUGAAAGAGUAGCAGCAGUUGGAAACAUUCAUGAAAUAGAAAGAGUUGACAAUGCAUGGGCUCAUAUUUCGGGACCAUACGGAUUUUUUUUACUAGGCCAUACGUUGAAUGAGCAAGUGUAUCCUAGAAGACUUAUUGAGCUUUAUGGUUUCCGCCACGCUCAUAAAAUCCUUGACUGGGUAAGCUCAUUUACUUUUUAA